AUGGAAGUAAGAGAAAGAAAUGUUUUACCAGAUGACUCAUUUUUAGUAUUUUGUCAAGUAUAUAAUAAAUUUGUUGAUAGAAAUGCUUUAAUAUCAGAAUACUUACAAUUUGUUGUUAAUUAUAAAGAAAUUGAAUCUACAAUUAAACUCAAAUCAAAUUUACACACAAUCAUCAAUGACAAUGAUUUAGACGAAGAUGGGAAUUCAGGCGAUGAGAAUUAUAUAGAUUUUAGUUUAUACGACGAAGAAGAAGAUCAAACAUCAAAUUGCUCAAAACAGAAUUUAGCCAGUGUUGGAAAAUUAUUUAAACUUUUCUGUACAGCAUCACUUCAAAAUGUUUUUCCAAAUUUAUAUUUAACAUUGAAAAUAACUGUUACACUUCCCGUAUCUAGUUGUACAGUUGAGAGAUCAUUUUCUAAACUAAAAUUAAUAAAAACUAAGCUUCGUACAACUAUGUGUCAAGACAGAUUGGAGCAAAUGGUCAAAAUAAGUUGCGAACCUGAUAUAUCUCUUGAUAAAGAUAAAAUAAUAGAUAUAUUUGCAAGCAAGUCAACGCCACUCACUAAAUUAUUAAUUAUUUAA